AUGAGGACCUGGGCUUGCGUUUUGCUGAUAGGUUUUGGCUACCUGUCCUUUACCUUCUCCGAGGAGGCCGAGAUCCCGCAGGAGCUCAUCGAGCGGCUGGCGCACAGCGAGAUCCACAGCAUCCGCGACUUGCAGCGCCUCCUGGAGAUUGACUCCGUAGGAUAUGAUGAUGUUUCAGAAACAAACUUGAGAUCUUACAGUGUUCAUUCUGCUAAACAUGUGCAAGAGAAUCGUCCUGUGCCCAUUCGCAGAAAAAGAAGCAUUGAGGAAGCCAUCCCGGCUGUCUGCAAAACACGGACGGUUAUAUAUGAGAUACCUCGGAGCCAGAUCGAUCCCACCUCUGCCAACUUCCUGAUAUGGCCACCCUGUGUGGAGGUGAAACGUUGCACUGGCUGUUGCAACACCAGCAGUGUGAAAUGCCAGCCAUCACGGAUACACCACAGAAGUGUCAAGGUGGCAAAAGUGGAAUAUGUUAGAAAAAGGCCAAAAUUAAAAGAAGUUCUGGUGAGAUUAGAAGAGCAUAUGGAAUGCACCUGUACAUCAUCAAAUACUAAUUCAGAUUAUAGAGAAGAAGAAACUGGCGAGACCGAGGCAUGGAGAAAUGACUGUGCAAGGUCACACAGCAAGGCAAUGGCAGAACCAGGGAUAGGACUCAGAUCUGAGUGCUCAUCCAGUGCCCUAAAUCACACGACCAUCUUCCCUUUCCGAGAGUGA